AUGGGCACAAAAGACGACAUCCAGCCGGUGCCAGAGGUUUCUCACCAAGAGACAGUUCACGAGGGCAAGGAUGGUCCCGCCUUCACCCUUGAGGAAGAGAAUCGCGUGUAUCGCAAAUUGGACUGGAAUCUGAUGCCGCUCAUCUUCGUCCUAUACAGUCUCUCGGUGCUCGACCGUGCCAACCUGGGCAAUGCCAAAAUCGCAGGAAUGAAAGAGGAUAUCGACCUGAGCGGCCGCCGAUAUGACUGGCUUGCGACGGUGUUCUAUAUUGCCUACAUCCUCUCACAAUGGAUGACGGUAGGAUGGAAAGCAUUCCCUCCGCAUAUCUGGGUGGCUUCUGCGGUCUUUCUCUGGGGCCUCGUGUCCACCGUCCAGGCGGCCUGCAUCAGCUGGGCCGGGCUGAUGGUCUGUCGCGUGCUGCUGGGCGUUAUUGAGGCCAUGUAUGGAACAGGCGUUCCUCUGUAUCUCUCGUUCUUCUAUCCGCGCGAGAAGCUCGGCCUGCGGACAGGCAUCUUCCUCUCGGGUGCUGCGCUGGCGAACGCAUAUGGAGGCGCGUUGGCAUAUGGGAUCUCGCAGGCCAAGGCCUCAAUCGGCUCCUGGCGGAUCCUCUUCAUCGUCGAAGGUCUCCCCAGCGUCCUUCUCGCCUUCGUGGCCUGGUUCGCCAUCCCGGACUCGCCGCAGCAAGCCCGAUUUCUCAACGAGCGCGAGCGAGAAAUCGCCCUCGCCCUCUCCCUCCGACAGCCGGGGGACCGUGAAUCCAGCGGUCUCCAAGUGAAGCAAGUCCUAGACGCUCUCCUCGACUACAAGAGUAAGCCCCAGCCCCGUCAUCUGCCAUAUGAGAUUCCCCUGACGACUGCUACAGGCUACCCACCCGCACUGAUGUACUUUGGCUGCAACGUCUGCUUCGCCUCCCUCCCGCUCUUCGUGCCGACGAUCAUCUCGCAGAUGGGCGCCUUCACCGAGAUCCAAUCGAACGGCCUCAGCGCGCCCCCGUACGUCCUCUGCUGGAUCAUGAUCAUCGUCUGCGCGGUCGUUUCCGACCGCGUGCACCUGCGCGGCCCGUUCGUCGUCGGCGCGGCCCUGGUCGCCGCCAUCGGUUACAUCCUGCUCGCCACGCAGACCGUGGUCGCCGUGCGGUACUUCGGCAUGUUCCUGGCCACGCAGAUCUUCGUGUCUGUUGCGCUCGUCCUGACGUGGGUCGGCAACACGCACGCCACGGACUCCAAGCGCGCGGGCGCGUUUGCCAUCCUGGCUACCGGCGGCCAGUGCGGCCCUAUUCUCGGCACGAACAUCUUCCCCGAGACGGAUGCGCCGUAUUAUCGGAAGGGCAUGUGGAUCUCGUGCGGUGCGUGUCUGAUUGUGGUGGUUAUGGGCGUGGCCCAGAUGUUCUUCCUGUGGAGUGCGAAUCGGCGGAGGGACCGGGAGUUUGGGACUGAACGCGAGGAGGGCAAGACGACUACGGCGUUUGGGAACGACCGGACGUUUAGAUAUACGAUAUGUCAGCCUACCCUGCUAAGCCAGGAUGAAUGGACUAUACACUCCCAGAGCCAGCUCGACAUUAUAUCCGAGCAAUGCACAACACUAGUCGGGAAUGUCGAGAUUGCGUCCAACUACACCGGCCCGUUCACCGUCUCAGGCGUCUCCAAUAUCACCGGCGUCUUGUCAGCCGCCAACACCAUAGGAGCUCGAAACAACAUCUCCGUCAUUGAGCUCCCAGAUGUACUACACCUUGGAGGAAUCAGCUUCUUCAGUACAGAUACAACGACUAUAUAUAUUCCGAACGCAGCUAAAAUCGGCACGAUAUCUCUCACCAGAGUCAACGCCACGAGCUUCUCUGCACCGCUGUUGCAAUCAGCGGUUGAUAUCAAUCUAGACGGCGGCUUUACCGAACUCGACCUUGGUCAGCUAACCACAGUCACAUCAGAGCUGAACAUCUGUAGUCAACCCGGCUGUGCCCCAACCCAAGGCCCGCCUCUUCGCGUCAACCUGCCAGCCCUGCAGAGGGCCAGCGGCAUGCAGAUCGUGGGGUCCAUAGCGAGCCUGUCAAUGCCUGAGCUCACCCAGGCGUAUCGCAAUCCCUCCGCCGACGACGAAAGCAUCGUCCCCGGGCUAUACAUCGGCAACUACAGAGAUGCCAUAUCCAUCAACCUGCCCAGCCUGACCAAUGUGACGGGCAAGAUGGCAUUAUCGGGAGCCGUCAGCGGGCUCUCCGUCCCGCUGCUGCAGAGCACAGAGGCUGCUAUUGAGAUUGACAGCUCCACCUCUCUGGAUGUAUUUUCACCUCAUGCGUGCUACUACCAUUGA